AAAAGGGAAAAAGGACAGGCGUGAAGACCUUCUCAGAUAAAAACUCUUCACUUGCAUACUCCAUCUGUCUCGUUUUCUAUCUGUAUCUGCUCUCUCUAUCAGUAGACUCUAGAGAGAGAAAGAAAAGAAAAGAAAGGAGUGUAUGGUAAUAUGCAAGGAGUUUGAGAUUUUAUUUUUUUAGAUGGUAUAAUGAGAAGAGGAUUGAAUCUCUUCUUCUUCGAAGAAGAUGGCUUUGCAAGAAGAAGAGAAUCGUCAGCCUUCAAGCCCAGCAUUGGUUCUUGAUGGAUUAUAUUGUGAAGAGGAAGGCAUUAUUGAAGAGGAAGACUGUGUUUGUAGUGAAAUUCGUGGUCAGAUUGUGAAAAAGGAGUCGCCUUUUUCUUUUCUUUUGCUUGAACAAGACUUGUUUUGGGAAGAUAAUGAGUUAUUGGCUCUAAUCUCUAAAGAAAAAGACACCCAUUUUGAUUUUCAUAACAUAUUUUCUGAUGGGUCUUCAAUGGUUGCUCGUAAAGAGGCUAUUGAUUGGGUUUUGAGGGUGAAAGCACAUUAUGGAUUCACUGCUUUGACUAGUGUUCUUGCUGUGAACUACUUUGAUAGGUUUAUUUCAACUUUAAAGUUUCCAAGAGAUAAGCCUUGGAUGGGCCAACUUGCUGCAGUCGCUUGUUUGUCUCUGGCUGCUAAAGUGGAGGAAACCCAAGUGCCUCUUCUUCUGGACUUGCAAGUGGAGGAAUCAAAAUAUGUUUUUGAAGCUAAGACUAUGAAGAGAAUGGAGCUUCUGGUGCUCUCUACUCUUCAAUGGAGGAUGAAUCCUGUGACUCCAAUUUCUUUCUUUGAUCACAUUAUAAGGAGGCUUGGUCUAAAGAACCACUUACAUUGGGAAUUUUUGAGGAGGUGUGAGCGUUUACUUCUCUCUGUCAUCGCUGAUUCAAGAUUCACGAGUUAUCUUCCUUCUAUAUUUGCUACUGCAAUUAUGUUGCAUGUUAUUAAGGAGGUUGAGGCAUGUAAUCAAGUGGAAUACCAGAAUCAGCUUAUGGCUGUGAUCAAAAUUAGUGAGGACAAAGUCAAAGAGUGUUACAAGCACAUUUUGGAGCUAUCAGGCAGCCAGAAUUCAAGUAGUAAGCGCAAACAUUCAUGGAUACCCAGCAGUCCGAGUGGUGUUAUUGAUGCAUAUUUCAGCUGUGAUAGCUCAAAUGACUCAUGGGCUGUGUCAUCAACAGUCUCACCAUCAUCAGUGCCUCGGUUCAAAAGGAACAGGGUCCAGGAUCAGCAGAUGCGGUUGCCCUCACUGAAUCGUAUGUUUGUGGACGUGCUUAGUAGUCCUCAUUAAUUAUUACUUCUAUUGUCUAUUAGAAAACAUGUCAUACAUUUCUCUAUUUUGCAUAUUAGUCACUCAAUGCUGUUCUUGAGGCGCAACCUUUUUGUGUUUCUUGCAUUACCAAUACAUUUCUUGCCUAAUAUUUGAAAUUUACUUGUUCUCAGACAGAAAAUUAAAAUUCACCAUAAUGUCAUUUCUUCCUGCACAUUCAGA